AUGAAACCAGUCUUCUUCCUCACUCUGAUCACUAGCCUCGCCGCUUCUGUGGUGGAGGGAUCAGGUCGUACCCAAAGCCAAGCACGACAGCCGCGACCUUCAAGCGGGCUCGCGACUAUUACCAUCCAACCAUCGCUCAAGUUAGAUGAAGUGAACUUAAUGCAGCUUCCCGAAAGCCUUUCCAUAUCGCCUCGUGCCGCAAAUGCCUUUUAUGAGUGCAGAAGCUCGAGCCCUGCACCUGGCGACUCCGACUGUAACAACAUCGUUGACGAGGUGCUCGCUCUAGACCAAGCUAUCACGGUAGCGUCUAACGCGUGCCUCACCUUCCAAUACGGCACAUGCUGGGGUUUCUUCUGUUCGCUAUGCCAGACCCUAAGCACAGACACCACCUUCAUCGGCAACCAGCUCAUCUCGGCCGAAGCACUCUGCGUUGCCAACGGCCAGAUCGGCACCAUCGUUAGCCAAGACGCACCCCAAUGGCAGGCUGGUUUCGUCUAUCAGGGCGCUGGCUUGCCUGACUAUGAUGUCUGCUAG